CAAAUACUCUAAAACUGUUUACAGAGCCUUCUUCCACUGCGGCACCCAAGGAUCGUCGCCGUAAUAGUUUGCCCCAUUGUCGUUCACCCACAAUCCUCAUUGCCAACACCCAAGAAAGGGCGAGAGAGCCAUGGAUGAGCAACAGCGCCGCAGAAUCAAGGAGGCGGUCCUGGAUAUUCUCAAAGCGUCUAACUUGGAGAAAGCCACCGUAGGUAGCGUUCGAGCUGCCGCGACCGAAAAGCUGGGAUUCGAACUCUCCAGCCUCGCCCAACGCCAGUUCGUACAACAGCUCGUCGACCGUUUUCUGUUGUCGACUGCUGCCUCUACUCUUGAAACACCUUCCUCGGCGAAAGGUUCUGGUGGCGGUGAUAAUCCUGUGUUAAAAGAAGAACGUAACCCGCAACAGCAACCAAGAAGUAGUGGAGUCGGAUCGCAAGGGAAUAGCCGCAGCAAAGUUGUUGUCACGUUAUCGGAGAAGAGGUGGGUGACAAUUCAUGAUUUAUAUGGCAGAACCGUGGUUGGGAUCCGGGAUUUCGUACUAAAAGAUGGAAAUAUGCUUCCUUCUAGAGCACAGGAUGGGGGGGUCAAUUUGACAAGGCAGCAAUGGUCAUUGUUCAGGAAUAGGUUUUCUUCUGUAGACGAAGCCAUUGUAAAAUUAGAAUCACGGCUGGGGAAGCAUGCUGUCCAUCAACAGAAAAAUCGGAGCCGUUGCUCUGAAGCUGUUCGUGAAGCAGGUUUUAGAAAAUCAGUGGCAGAUUCUGCUGCGGAUAGAAGUCGCUCUAGUGUAGGAGCUUCUCACUUGACAAGUACUGGUACGAGGAAGCGCACUGAAAGUGAAGUGACAGGUUCUGCUGCUGAGAAUAAACUUUUAAAGACCAGUAUUCUAAGUCCAACAAGAAUUGUUCAGGCUCCCUUUGAGGCAAGCCGGCAAGGACAAGUAGCUAAUGAAGUUCGUACUGAGUUGAUUCCUAUACAGCCUACUCGAUUUGAUGGAAGAAAUUUCCAUUGUUGGAGACAUCGAAUGGAGUUAUCCCUUAAUCAGUUGAACAUUGCAUAUGUGCUGACGGAGCCAACCCCUAGCAUACAUUUGAAUGCAGAAGCUAGCUCCGAUGAAAAGGUUAGAAUUCGACGGUGGAAUGAUGAUGACUACCUGUGCCGCCACCACAUUUUGAAUUCUCUAUGUGACAGUAUCUUUCAGACAUAUUCACUAAAGGUUCAGUCUGCUCGACAGCUCUGGGAAGAACUCAGGGCAGCAUACAACGAAGAUUUUGGAACAAAAAUUUCACAAGUUUACAAGUAUAUUCAUUUUCAGAUGGUUGAUGGGUUUCCGAUUCUUGAGCAAAUUAAUGAACUUCAAAAUAUUGCUAAUUCUAUCAAGACAUCUGGAAUCAUGAUAGAUGACACCUUCCAUGUCAGUGCUAUAAUCUCAAAGCUCCCGCCUUCUUGGAAGGACUUCCGGGCUAGGUUGAUGAAGGAUGAUGAAUUUCUACCGAUCAAAAUGCUGAUGGAUCUUAUUAAGGUUGAGGAAGAGUAUCGUAGCUGUCACAAGAAAGAAUAUAAGAAUUCUCAUGACUAUGUGGAAAAGAGGGACAUUUGAUUAAAAAUUGUCCUAACCGGGACAGGAAGUCCGAUGCCAGUGAUAGGAGCAACGAGAAAGAGCAUAACCGAGUAUUAUCUCCAGUAACAGGAGACAAAAAUGUUGAACCAGCUGCAGACACAGAGUGAAUCGAAUCUUCAGCUGCCCUCCUUAUCAAGCACAUUACCAAUCAAUUCUCUCUCUGCAGUGGCUACAAUGGAUCGCUUUUCCUUACUCUUUUGUUGUAUCAUCAUCAUCGUCGCAAUCUUAUUGUUGGGCCGGGAAACUGUAGUUACCCACUGCUGCACAAGGUCAGUUCUGAGUCUGACUUGUGUUACUUCUACAAAGAUAUUUCACUUUUUUUUUUUUUGGUUUUUGCCUUAGGACUCAGUUUUGAGCAGCUGUAGAUUUGUGCCCUUGUACCUUAGCCAGAUGUCCGAAUAUUCUAAUCACACAGCGUAAAAAAUACAAGGAUUUACUAGGUGUGAUUCCCAGAACUCACUCAGCUUUAGUGCUGCUAGCAACCAUAAUCAUAAUCAUUAUGGUAAUUAAACUAAGUGUAGUAAUUCUUGGGAUAGAGAUCCCCUUUCUCAUGGAGGAUGGAUUGCUCUCAUCAAGAACAAUCUUUCUUCCAUGCCCGCUCUUAUCCUUUGAAUCGAUUCUGGACCAAUGGAGAGCGGAACAUUGAUUUCAGUUAAUCCUAGAGAUAUCAUCGACUUCAUUGAUUGAUCAUCCAGGUUCCCCUUGGGUCGGUUAGAGUUGACACCCCUAUUUGGAAACUCUCCCCAACUGGUCAUUUUUCAAUAAUAUAAGCAUGGACAGACAAUCUCAUGGUUCAUUUGAACCAAAAUAAAUGAUCAGAAAUACUACCUUUUUAUGGAACUGAGUGGUUUGGAGAAUUCUUACACAUUUAUAGAUUAUUUUAGAAACCGGGUUGCUCAUUAGAAGUAAAGAUAUAAAGUGAAAUGAUUUGCAAUAUCCGACCAAGAAGGCAAUGCUUGCGGACUUGUUAACACAUUGUAGAGUCUUAAAAACCAACAUUAAGACACUUGAACUUAAAAAUUGACAAAAUUGUUUUGUCAAAUGAUUUUAACUACAAUGAUUGCAAUUGCAUAUACUACAAAAGCAAUUAUUUCAAUUUUGUGUUGAACAUUGAACAUGGUGGUGAAUUCUACUUUCAUCACCAAAACGGAUCGAGCUGUAUGUAUAUUAUAUAUAUAUAUAUAUAUAUAUACACAUACAUACAAUAGCAACAAUAUUAAUGCAAUGAAGUUUGAUAAUUGUAAGUCAUUCAUUCUUCAUGUGGGCAACAAAAAAAGAAUGCUGGCAGGGACAGGGGAUUUGAAAUCUACAAUGUACAAAAAUGAUCAUGCCCUUUAAUUUAAUAAAUAUAUAUAGAUGUUUUUGUAAGAAUUUUAUUAUAUAUAUAUAUAUAUAUUUUUUUUUCUCAGUUAGGUCUUAAUUUGUCAUACAAAAGAAGUAGAGUUGCAUGUAUAUUAUAGAUGUUAUGCAACCCAAAGUGGUAGAAAGUGAUUAGAUUGAUGCACACAA